GCUACGAACCUACACAGGACUACUAUUAUCAUAGAAAAAAGACCCUGCCAGCGUUUUUGUCAGUAGAAAAAAGAUGAAUCUAACUUCCUAACCUUCAUUGUCCGUUCGAACCGUAUCUCGCAUUCUCGCAUAGGCCGCAGUCACGUUGCUUUGUUAGUUUGUCACUAUGUUAGUCGUUAGCUAUACUCAGAACGGUCUGGACCAGUGAUACCCGAGUAGUCGCCUCACCAAAAUACCAGCUUCCAUAUUAUAAUAUACAAGUCACAGCUAUUGUAUUUAUACGAUGUCGGAAGAAAUUAACACUGGUGUUGCAAGUGGAAAAUCUUUACCCAAGCUGCCUUCACCGAGUAUGAAAUAUCGCUCAAACGGAUUUCUUUUAGGAUUGGAACCAGAAAUGAUUAUCCACUCUAAACCGAUAGAAGGUACAAAUUAUCUUUUAAUGAAAUGGAAGGACGUCGAAGAACCAUCAUAUGUCAAGGCUUCUGAUGCUAAUAAUAAAUGCCCAAGUAUUGUUAUUGAUUUUUAUCAAAGCCACCUUACAUGGUCCAAUCUAUAAUAGAUAAAUACGAAAUAAAGUUAAACUUGAUUUUAUUUAUAAAUAUAUUUUUAAAUACUUCUUAUAUUUUGACUGAAAGGUAUAUGAUUCUAUAAUAUACAUCGAUGUACAAUAUUCUGUUAUAUCUUUACUAAUUAUUAAAAACAACUUUAUACCAAUAUUUACUAUGUAUGUAUUAUAAUUUGUUAUUAUACUAAGUAUUAAACUGACGAAAUGUA